AUGUUAAACACAGAUUAUCUUGGAGUCAAUUUGACUGAUUAUCAAAAUCAAUCAAGUGAUUAUACAGAUAUAACUCAAUCUCGACCUAUAACAUUACAAUUAUUUAAACAUUAUCUUGAGAAUUUAAUUGAAGUUGGUUAUGAACUUGGUCUAUGUGGCUUAUUAAUAUUUGCGAAAGAAUUACGAAAAAAAUUAAAAAAAAAUCAAGGUCUUACAUUAUUUCCUGAUCAGGAAGCUAGAAAUAUUUUUAAUGAUAUUUACCAACGUCUUGAAUGUCUUACGGAUGAUAUCCUAAAAAAUUUAUAUCAAUUAAAUGUACAUGAUUCUGAUAUUCUAUUUAGUCCAAAAGUUUUACAUUUACUUGAUCGAAUUCUUAAACAAUCGACUACAGAAGGUACACUCGGUCAAUCUAUUGUAUUCGUUGAACGUGUCUAUACAGCAACUAUUUUAAGUCAAGUCUUAUCACAUCUUAUAUUAACUCUUGAAUCACCACAUGCUAAACAAUUAAAAGUAAAUCAUGUUACAGGAAUAAAAAGUCUAUUUUAUGAUAAAUCAAUGACAAUGAAAUAUCAAGAAAAAACUAUCAAAGAAUUUCGAUCAGGUGCUGUUAAUAUUUUAAUCGCUACAGCAGUUGUUGAAGAAGGUCUUGAUAUUCCAAGAUGUGAUUUAGUUAUACGUUUUAAUAAACCAAAUAAUUUUUCAUCUUAUAUGCAAUCCAAAGGUCGUGCAAGAGCAAAACAAAAUGCAGCUUAUGUUCUUUUUCUCGAUGAAUUAGAUAUAGAUUCAUGUCAACGUGAUCAAAUGGAAUAUGAAAAUUAUGAAGAAAUAGAAAAGGAGAUUCAAAAAGGUUUCUCAUUUGAAGAAAAUGAUGAUGAUCUUAAAAAUGAACUAUUACAAAUUCCACCUUAUCGUACAUCAACAGGCGUCGUUAUCGAUGCAACACGUGCUGCACAAUUAAUUAUGGAUUAUUGUGUAUUACUUGGUAAUGGUCAAAUCUUUCCUCCUCGAUUUCUCUUUCAUGGUUCGAGUAGUCCAUAUAAAUGUAUUCUAUCUAUGCCAGCUAAUUGUCCUAUUGGUGAUGAUAUCAUCUGUCAAAGUAAAAAGAAAAAGUUAGCGAAAUAUGAAUGUUGUUUAGAAAUGGUUAAAAAACUUCAUCAACAAGGUGAAUUCAAUGAAUAUUGUUUACCAAAUCGAAAUGGUACAUUAUUAAAAAUUGAUAUUCCAAUUGAAAAUCGAAUAUUUAAACUAGUUGAUACAUUAUUCGAAAAAAAAUCUGAUAGUUCUUUUGAAAUAUUUCCUAAAAGCACUGCUAUAUUUCCUAUAAAAUCGAAAAAAUUAUCCAUGGAAUGGUAUCUUUAUCAAAUAAAUAAUGAUCUUGGUUUUGUCGUACCAUGUCAGUUAAUGAAGUUACCAAAAUUUAAUAUCUAUGAUCAUGAUAAAGAAAUAACAAUACAGGUCAUCUAUUUGAAAUCUAUUGAUUAUACACAAUAUCGAAAUAGAUUGGAAAAUUUUUGUAAAUAUUUAUUUGAAUAUGUAUUUGAUAACAUGAAUAUAGAUUCAAUUCUUGAAUUUAAUAUUGAGCAAUCAUCAUUUCAGCUAAUUCCUUGUUUAUUAACAAACUUUGGAGAUAUUGAUUGGAAUCGAAUGGAAAUAAUAUGUAAUCGGAAAGUAAAAAAAAUUCAAGAUUAUAAUGAAUUAAAUGAUAAAGAAUUAUAUUGUGCUUAUCAUCAUGAGAAUAAGCAAUAUUUUGUGAAUAUAUCAGAUGAUUCUCUAAUAAAACGAACAUCGGAUCUAUGGGAUAUGAAAAAAAAAUCGGAAGAUAUUAAAACAUAUGCAGAUUAUUUUGAACAUCUAGUACCCAAUAUUCAUAUAAAUCGAAAUACAUUUUUAGCAACAAUGAAAGGUAUUAAGAAACCGAAAAUUAAUUAUUUAAAACAAACAGUGAUAAAUCCAAAAGAUGACGCGAAUGAUCCAUCGAAAAAACCUAUUUAUUUUCCAAUAGAAGUCCUUCACUAUGCUCCAUUAAAUCAAUAUGAUUUUCAACUAAUGUAUAAAUUACCAACUAUUCUUAUUCGUAUUUCACAAUUAUAUCGAAUUGAACGUUUACGUAAAUUAUUUGCGGAUAAUAUUCAAUCGUAUUCGUUAAUUGAUGUUGAUCAAAUGCCAACAGUUACUUUCAAUGAUUUUUUGAAAACGAACGAAAAUUUAUCCUUUCUACCUCUUAUUUCAUUAACCUAUGAUAAUUUAUUAUUAUGUAAUACAACAUUACAACCAUCAUCUGAUAUUCUUUUUCAAGCAAUAACACGUCGUUCAACUGAUGAAAAUCUGGACAUGGAAAACCUUGAGAUCCUAGGAGAUUGUUUUCUAAAAUUAAUUGUAUCAAUGUGUCUCUAUCAUCGUUAUCCGCUUGCUGGAGCUGGUGCAUUAACUGUUGAAAAAGCAAAACAAAUAUCAAAUAGUAAUCUUUAUCGAAUAACUGUACAAAAGAAAUUAAAAACUUAUUUAAAUGUUAUGAAAAUCAAUUUUCGUGGUGAAGAAGCGAAUUGGCUUCCAGCUGGAUAUAUUGUUAAAAAAACCGAACAAAAUCAAAUAAAUAAUGAACUUGGCUCUAAACGAUAUGAAUAUCAAAAAGUUAAACGAAAGGGAUUUGCUGAUAUGAUGGAAGCAUUUAUGGGUGCUUUUUUAAUAUCAACUAAUUAUAUGGUAACAAUUCAAUUUAUGAAAUGGUUAGGUCUUGAUGUUGUUCCAUUAGAUGAGAAUAAUAAAAUAAUGAAAAUACCACCAAUUCUUUGUUCGUAUUUGCAAAAUGAAGAAAGUAAUCGUAUUGUUGAAAAAUUCUAUAAAGAACAAGCAUUUUCUUCUGUUGAAAAAACGAUUAAUUAUGAAUUUAAUAAUAAAGCAUAUCUUAUUGCAGCAUUUACUCAUCCAUCAAGUUUUGCUAAUCGUUUGACGAAUUGUUAUGAAAGAUUAGAGUUUUUAGGUGAUGCUGUAUUAGAUUUUCUUGUUACACGAUAUAUAUUUGUGAAUGAUAAAAAUAUUACACCAGGUCGAGUAACAGAUAUAAGACAAGAUCUAUCGAAUAAUGGACGAUUGGCAUAUAUUUUGGUUGCAUGUGGUCUUCAUACAAAGAUUCUUCAUAAUUCACCUGAUUUAUUUGGAAAAAUAUCUGUAUACGUUGGUGAUGAAGAGUUAUUUCCUAAAGAUUUAUCGCCAGAUUCUCAACUAAAUAAAGAUAUCGCUCAGUGGGCUGACUCAACAGCACCAAAAGCAUUAGCAGAUGUCUUUGAAGCAUUAGUUGGAGCAAUUUUUCUUGACGCUGGGAAAUGUUUAAAAACUGUUUGGCAAGUUAUUCAACCUUUACUUCAACAAUACAUUGAUCAAUCAUUAACUGAUCCUAAUCUAAAUCCUAAACGAUCGUUUACUGAGCAAGGUGGAAAAAUUAUUGAUGAAUAUACGGAAACUGAUCCUAAGACAGAUAUUACAACAUCUAUCUGUAUUGUUGAAACAAAAAAUGGUGAUCAAUAUCGUGGUUGUGGUUCAAAUAAAAAAGAUGCAAAAUAUAACGCUUGUCGACAAGCAAUUCUAAAUAAUAGGACUAAAAAUUGA